CUCACAAAAAAAAAACAAAAAACAAAAAAAAAAAAACAGAAACAUAAUUUAAACCAAAAACAAACCCGCGUAUUUUAAGUCGUUUUGUUUUGUUUUUCGUCAAUUGAUUGUGAUUUUGAAACUGUGUGAUCGCAAAAGAAAAUCUGCAAAUUAUUAAAAAAGAAAGUUCCUUAAGCAAGUGAUAAUCCGAUAGAACCCUACAGACGGAAACUAGAAAAGAGGAGCGCACAAAACUAGAUAUAUCCUACACAGACACACACUGCAUAAAACUAAAUAUACAAGCACUAUAAACGCUAUAUAACCCACGUAUAUCAAAGCCUUGAUCCCGCACACCUCGAGGACUUCUAUAUCUUCUAUCUUCUAUAAAAGCACAGAGAAAACAGUAUGCCAAUAUGAUUCCCGCGGUGCCAACGUCCAGACUCCUGCUCCUACUGACCACCAUCAUUGCCGUUUUAGCUCUGAUGGGCAGCUGCUGGGUACCCCAAGUGGGAGCCAUUCCAGUGACCAGUCCUGAUGCUGACGAUCAGGAAGCACGACACAUAUGCUCUACCAACUUGGGCGACCUCAUUCAGCAGAUGUGCGAGGGCAGAACUAAUUCCUACAGAGAUUUAUAUCCCAAUAGUUUUGGGAAGCGCAGGAAGCGGGAAUCGCUUGAAAUCGCCGAUCGGUGCUGCAAGAGUUCCUGCAAUUACAGAGAGAUAUUGCAAUUUUGUGCGCAAUAGGAAAUAUAUAUAUACAGAUCUAUAUAUAUAUACACAUACAUUCUUCAGAUGGGGCCUUCAUAUAACUCCCCAGCCUCCGCAGCACCCAUUCCACUCCACACGAGCUCUCAGUCAUCAUUCGUAACCUUUAAGAAAAAGAAAUAUAAAAAGCCAGAGCAAGAGCAGAAAGCCGUAGCAGCAGCAGCAGUCUCCCAUUAGAGUUAUAUUAACUAUAUGUUACUAAUUUAAACUAUGCACUAACUCAAUUCUGUACAAUAAAAACAAAUUUUAAAUGAGUGAUGUA